AUGCACAGCAACCCUCGGCCCACCCGCUGGGCUGGCCGAAAUCCUGUGGUUCACACAAAGUUUUCGUCUUUCGGAGGUUUCGGAAAAGCCCGGGGAAGCGCCGGGAGGGAAGGGCCGGACGCCGGCGGUACCCCACGGCCCCUGCGUACAUCCCCUGUCAGCUGCCGCGAGGAGCCGGCUCCAUCCCAGCCGCUUCUUCCCACUCUACCUUUACCUCCCAACAGCAAGCAAGCCCCGCCGAUCGGCCGCCACCGCGGUGAGAGCAUCCCCGGCGGCCCGCGGGUGACACGGCCCGAGCGGCAGCCGACCCCCCUGGGGCUGCUGCGUAUCCGGGGGACACCGCCGCCCCUCCGCCACACCGACAGCCCCCCCUCCAUCGCCGGGAAGGAGGCCUCUCCUCCCCAGAACCAGCCCGCACGUCGCCCAUCAGUGCCCCAGAACACCGCAUCCCCCGGGCCGCCCACGGCCGGCUCUCCCCACGCCGGGCGAAGGCUCCCGCGGCCGCGGAGGGCGAGGCGGCCGAGCCCCCUCUGCCGGCGGCGGCGGGCACGGCAGCCCCGGGCUGGGGAGGGAGCUCGCCGCUCGCCCGCUCCCCGCCACAGCCACAGCCACAGCCACCUGCACCCCCCGCGCCCGCCCCCGCCUCGCCUCGCCUCGCCCCCGGGCUCCGCUGCCCGCCGCCCGUCCGCCCACAGCGCCUGCUUUGCUCCCGCAGCCCCCACGGCCGAGGCUCUCCCACCCCCGCUCUACCCCGUGGGCUCGGGGUCAUGUCUCCCCCGGCGCCGGUCCAAAACGCCGCUAACAAAGGGCUGGAGCCCGUCCGGGGGUGGGCACCCGCAGCCCGGCGGUGACGAGGGCGCUGCCCGCGGUGCCGCUGGCAGCCCGCAGCCCCCCCGGUGCCGGUGCUGA